AUGAUAGUGCUCAUUUUACUGGCUAUGAGACUAAGCUCAGAAAAUGGAUCUGCUUCCCACACCAAUGUUUGUGCAUAUUUAAGAGAGCAAUGCUUAAGUGAUGCACAUGGAUGCAAACCUGCAUGGAGAAUAAUGGAAGAUGCCUGCAAUGUUUCAGGUGACCCCUGCAAGAUAAGUAAUUUAUCACACUGUUACCUGAGAAUCCAGUCCUUCGUGGACAGCAAUUUCCAGUUUAAAGAGUGUCUCUGCACAGAUGACCUGUACUGUACUGUGAACAAGUUUCUUGGAAAAGAAUGUGUCAAUAAAUCAGAUAACAUGAAUGAGGAUAAUACAUUCAAUUGGAAUAUAACUACUCCUUCCUAUCAUGGAUUCAAUGGGAUCCAGUCCUGUUUGGAAGUGACAGAGGCGUGUGUAGGGGAUGUGGUGUGUAAUGCACAGUUGGCCCCUUACCUUAAAGCAUGCUCAACAAAUGGAGAUCUGUGUGAUGUGAAACACUGCCAAACAGCCAUACGGUUCUUCUAUCAAAAUAUGCCUUUUAACGUUGCCCAGAUGUUGGCUUUUUGUGACUGUGCUCAAUCUGAUAUACCUUGUCAGCAGUCCAAAGAAGCUCUUCACAGCAAGCCAUGUGCAGUGAACAUAAUUCCACCCCCUACUUGCCUCAAUGUAAUUCACAGCUGCCGAAAUGAUGAAUUAUGCAGGAGACGCUAUAGAACAUUUCAGUCCAAAUGCUGGCCUCGGGUAACUGGAAAGUGCCAUGAAGAUGAAACCUGCAUCAGUAUGUUGGGCAAACAGGACCUCACUUGCUCAGGAAGUGAUGACUGCAAAGCAGCGUACUUGGGCACCCUUGGGACUGUUCUUCAAGCACAAUGCACCUGCAGAAGUGUCACACAAAGUGAAGAGUCUUUGUGCAAGAUUUUUGAGCACAUGCUUCAUAGAAAAUCAUGUUUUAAUUACCCAAUGCUGUCUAAUUUCAAGGGCAUUGCAUUGUAUAAAAGAAAACAUGCCAAGGAAAUUACUCUAACUGGAUUUCAUUCCUCCUUCAAUGGGCAAGUCAUCUAUGCUGUGAUGUGCAUGACAGUCACCUGUGGAAUCCUUCUCUUGGUUAUGCUCAAGUUGAGAAUAUCAAGUCAAACAAGAGAUUCUCCACCAAUCCAAAUACCUGGAGGAGUCAUCAUUCAUUGA